CGGGAGGAGGACCACGGAUUCGCGAAAUUCGGCCAUUUUGCUUAGCUCGUCGUCGACGUUCUUCGCGCAACCGAAUCGUCUUCGCGUCUUAAUCUCUCGAUCAGUGCUCGAGUCGUUCUAUGCUAGAGCGCUCGUUCUCUCGUGAAAAAGUCUGGUCUGCUAAUGCGUGGCGUUUCAGAGAGCUCUCCGACUCGUGCAAUGGCGGAGGAUUUGGAUGUCGAGGCGAUGCUGGAGGCCCCUUAUAAGAAAGGGGAGCAGGACUCCUCCAAAGACAAGUCCUCCAAGGAGAAUGGGUCUAGUCGCAAAUCCUCUGGGAAAAGCAAACAUCGUUCGCGUUCUCGUUCACGAUCCCGAGAUCGCGACCGUCGGGAGAAGGACAAAGAUCGACGGGAUCGCGAUCGGACUGAGAGGGAACGCGAUCGGGGAGAGAGGGAUCGCGAUCGCGACCGUGAUCGUCGACGCAGAUCGCGAUCACGAGACAGGCGGGACCGGGACCGAGAUCGUGAUGAUAGGGACAGGGAGAGACGAGACAGAGACAGGGAUCGGGACAGAAGAAGAAAGAGAUCGCUAACGCCGCUCACUCUUCCUAGAGCUCGACCACCGUUCGGAAAAGGUCAUAGUCCUCUUGGAAUAAAUGAUGAAUUAACGCCGGAAGAACGAGAUGCCAGAACUGUUUUUUGUAUGCAAUUGAGCCAACGAAUUCGUGCACGUGAUUUAGAAGAAUUCUUCUCGAGUGUUGGCAAAGUACAAGAUGUUAGAUUAAUUACAUGCAACAAAACUCGAAGAUUUAAGGGCAUCGCUUACGUCGAAUUCAAAGAUCCAGAAAGUGUGACGCUUGCUCUUGGUCUGUCAGGACAAAAGCUACUUGGAGUACCUAUUGUAGUACAGCAUACACAAGCUGAGAAGAAUCGCAUGGGCAAUUCUAUGCCAAAUCUAAUGCCUAAAGGACAAACGGGACCAAUGCGAUUAUACGUGGGAUCUCUGCACUUUAAUAUUACGGAAGAUAUGCUUCGCGGAAUUUUUGAGCCUUUCGGAAAGAUCGAUAACAUACAGUUAAUUAUGGAUCCUGAGACUGGACGGAGCAAGGGUUAUGGUUUCUUGACGUUCAGAAAUGCAGAUGAUGCAAAGAAAGCUUUAGAACAACUAAAUGGAUUCGAGCUCGCUGGUAGACCUAUGAAAGUUGGUAAUGUAACAGAACGAACUGAUUUGAUUCAGGGACCUUCUCUUCUUGAUACAGAUGAAUUAGAUCGUAGCGGUAUUGAUCUCGGUGCGACUGGAAGAUUACAGCUGAUGUUCAAAUUGGCGGAAGGUACUGGUUUGGAAAUUCCUCCUGCUGCAGCAAACGCUUUAAAUAUGGCUCCAGUCAUGACACAGCCACAGCCUCCACCUCAGGCAGCCCCUCCAAUCGCAACACAGUGCUUUAUGUUAUCGAACAUGUUCGACCCACAAAAUGAGACGAAUCCUAAUUGGGCAAAGGAAAUCCGCGACGAUGUAAUCGAGGAAUGCAAUAAGCAUGGUGGUGUGCUUCAUGUAUACGUGGACCAAGCGUCACCGCAGGGAAACGUUUAUGUUAAGUGUCCGUCGAUUGCAACCGCUGUGGCGGCCGUAAAUUCGCUGCAUGGUCGAUGGUUCGCAGGUCGCGUCAUAACUGCUGCCUAUGUGCCAGUAGUGAAUUAUCACUCUUUGUUCCCGGACGCGAUGACUGCGUUGCAACUGUUGGUGCCGAGCGCGCCGCGAAGAGGAAUGUGAUAAUCUUAAAAUGAGCAAGCGUGCAACAAUCGUCGUCCACUGAUAUGUGAAUCCUUACAUACAAUAGUAUUGCGUUCUAUUCUCUAUCACACUCACACACAACACACAUACAUAUACACAUGACACUCAUUUCAUCGCUAUCGUGCAGGACUGCAUUUUUUAUUGACAAGAAAAAAAAAAAGCAAUCUUCAAGAAUGAGUUCGAAUUUCAAGAGUGAGGAUUGCACUGAGAAAAUAUUGUAUCACAAUGAUGUAAAUUCACAGCAUAUCUUAAACGCAAUAAGUUCGAAUUAUCUCACAGUAUCAUGCAUUGUUCAUAUGAAUCGAAUUUUUUGAUCAAAAUAUGAUCAAAAUUUUAUUAUCGAAAAAUGUAUGAGGUCUUUUGUGUUUAACAUUUAACAUUCUGGCUAUUUAAAACUACAUGAAUUGAUAGAUUAGAGAAUUUAUCGAUUAUAAAAUAAAUAUUUUUUUCAUAUUAUAUAUUUGCGUUCAUAAUUUUUUAUUUUUCAUAUAUGAAAGAUAUUAAAUGUUUUGAAAUUUUCUUGGCAAUAUUGUAAUAAAUAAUAUAUUUUUAAUUACAAAAAUUGUCAUGAAAAGAGUAUAUACAAUAUCGAAAAUGGUUUUUUAAUUUCACAUAUACAAAUAUGUCCUAGUGAUAAAAUAACAAUUCAAAAGUAGAAGGCAUGAAAGAAAGGUUUAUAAUAUAUUCAAAAUGUUAUCAAUUAUAAUAAAAUGUGCAGUUUUUGUUUCUGUAUAUGAAGACAAUCGUAUUUUUGUGUUUCUUCUAAAACUACAAAAAAGAUUUAUUGACAUGAGAUGAAGUUUUGUCUCACAUGUAACAACAUAUUAUGUUUCGCGUUUGAUGUAGUAUGAUAUUUUUAAACUUGUUUUCGUGUCAAUAUUCAAUCAUUUAUUACUGUUCUGUUGGAUGAGAAAACCUUAAUUCUCUCAUUUCUAAUAUAUUUCUAAUGCUAAAAUUUGUAUCUAAAAUAUGAGAAACACAUCUAAGUAUUAAAAUAAUAAAAGAACUUGUCAGUUG